CACGUCAGGUCGGACAGACUGGGGGGGAGAAAGAGGAGACGUACCAGCGAGCCGCUCCAGCGCUCUUUAUGUUUUAUUAUUUUUAUUAUAAAGGUGCUCAUAUUUUAAAUUGGCACCUCGGUUAAGCGCGUUCCUGCCGACACCCUUUUUCCCGCCCCCCCUGCCCCCCGCACUCUCUCCGAAAACCAAAAUGAGCGGCAGCGGGCGGCCCAGGACCAGCUCGUUUGCCGAGCCUCCGGGGGCUCCAGGAGCCGCCGCGGCCGCAGCCGGAUCGGCCGUGGCCGGCGGGAGCGCUUCGGGUAAGUCCGGGGCUGCACAGGCCUCCGGCGCUAGCUCGGCCGGCUUCGGGAACCUGAAGCUCAGCAGGGACAGCGGGAAGGUGACCACGGUGGUAGCCACACCUGGGCAAGGUCCAGACCGCCCUCAGGAAGUGUCCUACACGGACAUCAAAGUGAUUGGAAAUGGCUCUUUCGGAGUGGUGUAUCAGGCCCGGCUCAUCGACAGCCAGGAGAUGGUGGCAAUCAAGAAGGUUCUGCAGGACAAGAGGUUUAAGAACCGAGAACUACAGAUCAUGCGGAAGCUGGACCACUGCAACAUUGUUAGGCUACGUUACUUCUUCUACUCCAGCGGGGAGAAGAAAGAUGAAGUGUAUCUGAAUCUGGUGCUGGAUUAUGUACCAGAGACUGUGUACAGGGUGGCACGCCACUUCAACAAGGCCAAGACCACCAUACCCAUUAUCUAUGUCAAAGUGUAUAUGUAUCAGUUAUUUCGCAGUCUGGCGUAUAUUCAUUCCCAAGGCGUCUGCCACAGAGACAUCAAACCACAGAACCUGCUGGUGGACCCAGACACAGCCGUGCUGAAGCUGUGUGACUUUGGAAGUGCAAAGCAGUUAGUUCGUGGCGAGCCGAACGUUUCGUACAUCUGUUCGAGGUAUUACCGCGCCCCAGAGCUUAUCUUCGGAGCCACCGAUUACACCUCCAACAUUGAUAUCUGGUCAGCUGGCUGCGUAUUGGCUGAGCUGUUGCUGGGGCAGCCCAUCUUCCCCGGUGAUAGCGGGGUUGACCAGCUAGUUGAAAUCAUAAAGGUUUUGGGGACGCCCACAAGAGAACAGAUCCGGGAAAUGAAUCCCAACUACACAGAGUUCAAAUUCCCACAGAUCAAAGCGCAUCCCUGGACUAAGGUGUUUAAGCCCAGGACGCCUCCAGAGGCCAUCUCGUUGUGUUCUCGUCUGCUGGAGUACACGCCGGUGACCCGCCUCUCUCCGCUGGAGGCCUGCGCCCACGCCUUUUUUGAUGAGCUGCGCCAGCCCAACGCCCGCUUGCCCAGCGGCCGAGAGCUGCCCAUGCUCUUCAAUUUCAGCCCUGUGGAGCUGUCUAUCCAGCCACAGUUGAACUCCACUCUCAUUCCUCCUCACGCUCGCUCGCAGACGACAUCUGCUUCACACGAAGGCGGUGUGUCAGACAGUCCAGCCCAGUCCAGCUCGGCACCAGGAGCCCUGAGCAACAGCACCUGAGCGUUCCCUCUGUGUUACUGCACCGUUCUCCCCUUUUCCCCACUUCCUCCUUCUCCUUCUCCUUCUUCACCUCAACCUCCCACUCCUCCUUCUCCUCCCCUCUCACUUCCUGUCAUCUUUCCCUGGCUCCUGCCUUCUUCAAGCUCCAAAUCCAGCUUCCUCACUCGCUUCCACACCCACAACCUUGCCCAGUCUCUGAGCCCUACUGUUAUGGCCAUGUGUCCACUUCCAUGGGAGCAUGUUUUUAAACUUUUUUCUUUUUUGUUUUCAGCUCAUUGUUGUUUUUUAAUUUAUUUUAUUGAUACAGUUUGCCUCGCUGACCCCUAGUGGCAGGAGGAGCAAAGCACAUUUAACUGCCCUCAUUGUUCGCCCUAUCCUGGAGGUCCACCAUGUUUUAUUACAUUUUAGACAGACUCACACAACGCAGAUGUAGUCGUUCACUUUAGCUUGCUCUUAAAUGUAACGUUGUUGUUUUUAGCUUGGUUUCUUUUUCGUUCUUAAACAAGAGACCAUGUCCUUCAAGGGAGUGUGCAUUCAGAGUUUUUAUUCUUUUUCUUUUUUUUUCCUUUUUAUGAAUUAGGAAUACUUCAGCUAUUUAUCACACUUCUCUAUCUGCUGCACUUGAAGCGUAGGGUCAGUUACCACAGAAACAGUAAAAAUCACAAGGUUUCCUUAAAUCUUAUACUUAUAAAAACAAAAAUGCUACUGAAUAGAAAUAAACCUCUUUUGUUAGAAUUCAGUGGGCAGAUCCUGAAUUCCAUGAAAUUAAGUUUAAAGUGAGCCACUCUGAUUCUGUGAUCCUCGAUAUAUCGUAAGACAAUUCCCUACAAUACUUAAUAGCAUCUGUGUGUGCUAAAUAAUCAAAUACCAGAAAUUACAGAUUUAUUGAUGUCACUUUCACAGAAUUUUACAUCCAAUAUUUUUCACUGCAGCUUCACUCUAUUCGUUUGAUUAUAGCGCCACCAAGUGGAGUAAUGAAGCAUUAACUUUAGUAAAUCAAAUUGGGUGGCGAUAAUAGUCUUAGGGAGUUUAGAGAGUCUAUGCUUCCUUAAAAAAAUAUUAAUAUGUGAUGCCACAAAUCAGUACAAUAUAUUGCGAUAUCCAUAUAUUGUCCCACCCCUAAUCUAUGCUAUUGUCUGUGGUGAUGAACCUUGCAAUACAUGUACAUCAAAUAGAGGUCAGGUUCAGAACAGCUGAAUUUCUCCUUUAAAGGCUGCUGAUCUGGGCUCAGCGUUUUUGUCUUUCACAUCCCAGUAAACAGAAUGAAAUGGGUGGACAGGGCUGAGCUCAGAGCAGUUCUCUUUCUUUAUUCUAUUUUUUAUGUUAUGUUAUUUGUGAACCCUGUCUUCAGCUUGGUCGAAAAGGAUCCAGACUCUAAUUACAACAAAAUACAAGAACAUUUAACAUUUAAUUCCCCCCCUUUUUCCUGUGCUCUAAGCUUUAGCCACAUCAUUCCAUUGGAGUCUUUAUAUAAUACCACAACACAUCUAUCAAGUGUGUGUUUGUGUGUAUGUGUAUGUAUGUGUGUGUGUGUGUGUGUUUCAGUAGAGUUAGGAUUACGUCUAUGUUUAAAUGGCUGCUGACCUGUGAUGAUGAAUCUAUAUCAUUGUAAGUAUCAGAGCUACACACACACGCGCAUAUAUAUAUAUAUAUAUAUAUA